AUGGUUUUUUACGCUAAAACCUUGAUGCAACRUAUAUCAAAGAUCGCUUGGGACGAUCCAUUGCCUAGUGAUAUUGAGGUAGAAUGGAGACAAUUUCUAGAGGAAUUAUCUAGGAUUUCUGUUAUUGGUACUAAGACUAAGUUGGCACCCAUUAAGAAGUUAUCAAUCCCACGGCUGGAAUUAUGUGCAGCCUUACUACUUUCCCGGUGGAUGCACAGGAUACUUUGCGUACUUAGCAAGAGGUUGUCUAGUGAUGGUGUUUAUGGUUGGUCUGACUCUUCUGURGCCCUGUCAUGGAUCAUUAACACCGAAUUGCAAUAUAAGGUUUUUGUUUCGAAUAGAGUUCCCCAAAUACAAAAUAGGAGUACGGAUAAUUUUACUUUGUCUCCCAAUGAAAUCCCUGAGGUCAAACUUUUUGCCUUGUCUAUACAAUCGUCGGCACCUACUGUCGAAUGGAUUAGUAGAUUUUUGUCGUAUAACCAAUUGCUCGUUGUCAUUGCAUGGGUUCGACRAUUUAUAGGUCGUUGUCGUAAAMAAACAUUCUUAACUCCUUACCCCAGUAGGUUAGAACUUGAUGAAGCAUUWAACGUUGUUGUAAAAGCAUCUCAACGYGAUUUUGUGGGACAACUAAGACAUAAAUUAAUUUUAUCUCGACCUAUUUCAAAACCAUGGUCACAGCUUCGUCCUUUCUUAAAUGAACAUGGUGUGUUAAGAGUAGGUGGCCGUUUGUCACAUGCUCAUAUCUCAGAAGAACAAAAGCACCCAAUAUUACUGUCCAGACUUUCCCAUUUAUCAAUGCUAGAAACGAUUAAGCACAAUUUAAAACCAAAAAUGUUCAUGCUAUGGAUUGUGUUAUUCACAUUAAUUAUAUGGACUUACUCGUAUUAUUCGUUGACUGCAUAUGAAGAGAUUUUUAGUGAACCACGUUCACUUUUUUUAAACCACAUUUCAAAUGAAAUGGUUGAAGUAGUAUGCACAUUAAAUUCAACUAUAAUUUACAAAUAUCAUCAUAUAUUCAUACGCCCAACUCCGACAGUAAGAAACCGAAAAGACGGAGAAGUAAGUAUAUUACUUUUGGGUUUGGACGCGGUGUCUCGUAUGAACUUUCAUCGACAAAUGCCAAAAACUAGUGCGUUCUUAUCUAAAAUUGGAAUUGUGGAAAUGAUAGGUUAUAAUAAAGUUGAGGACAACACGUUUCCAAAUGUAAUUCCUACACUAACUGGAAUGUCAAUAGAAGAGUUGAAAAUAAAUUGUUGGCCUGAAAACAACAAUUUUUUUGAUAACUGUAAUUUUGUAUGGGAUGAUUAUAAAUAUGCUAAUUUUAGCACAGCUUUUGCAGAAGAUAGUACUUUAAUUGGAAUGUUUAAUUAUUUAAAAUCUGGAUUUUUAAAACAACCCACUGACCACUAUUUAAGACCUAUUAUGAUCCAUGCUGAAAACGAUAUAGGCCACGAAUCUAUUGGAAACACAAUAGGUUGUCUUGGCUCUAGGUUGGGUAUGGCCAUGUUGCUUGAUUAUGCUUUAAAAAUUGCAUUAUCUAUGACUAAUCACUUAUACAUGAGUGUAUUCUGGACGACGAGUCUAACGCACGAUUAUAUUGAGUAUCCAAAAUUUGGCGACGACGAUUUAAGAAACUUUUUUGAUGCGUUUAAUAAAUCAGGCGAGCUCAACAAAACGAUUGUCAUACUAAUGAGUGAUCAUGGAAUCAGGUGGGGAUGCUUUAGGGACACAUACCAGGGUAGUUUGGAGGAUAAAUUACCCAUGUUGAAUUUCAUCAUACCGCAAUGGUUUCAAAACAUGUAUCCCGGAGCAAUGGAAAAUUUGAAUAAAAACACAAAUCGGCUUACUACRCCAUAUGAUUUACACGAGACACUAUUAGAGUUCAUCGACAUGAAACAGCUCGAUGACGAUUCAAUUGCAACACGAAUGAAAAUGAACGAAAAUAAAAGAGGUACUAGUUUGUUCCUAGAAAUUUCCGAAAGGAAAAAUUGURAAACAGCGGGAAUACCUAAAAACUAUUGUGCGUGUCAUGAGGAGAGGGUAAAAUUGGCUGUAGAUGACUCAAACGUCGUUAAAGCUUCCAAAGCCUUAAUGCAAUAUAUAAAUUUCAAGUUGUCGGCACAUAAUACACUUUGUGCAUUUCUAACGUUACACGAAAUUCACAAAGCGUCAGUUGAAAUGAGAAAAGAUAAUAAUUCGGUAAAAGAUUAUGAGAUCCAAGUAACUACAAUUCCUGGUUUUGCGAAAUUCGAAGCAACAUUAAGGCAACAUAACGAUAACUUUAAAAUGGUUGGUUCAGUUAGUAGAUUAAAUUUAUAUGGCAAUCAAAGUAUUUGUAUAAAUGACGCUAAAUUGAAGUUAUUAUGUUAUUGUAUACAUGAAAAUUAAACUCAGUCACAUACUCGUUACUUGUAAUUUCCCAAACUCAUAUCAUUAUGUCAAUGUCUAAUACGAUCUAAAUAUCAAUACUCGUUUGGAUAUAAUAUACUUUAUAAUAAUAAUUAGACUUAAAAGGCUGUUUUGGUAACAAAAUUUGCCCCCUAAAAACAUGCUUAGGUUCUUCGCAUUUUCCUCAGUUCUCGAUAGUCGUAGAAACAUAAUUUUUCUCCAAUAUAAACGUGAGAAGUUCUUCUAGAUAACUACGUUCCAGAUUUUUUUUACACUGGUUAUAUUUGCAAUUGAAUUCUUAUUUUAAAUUUUAA